ACGACUAAACGAUAGUAGUGGCGCGAUUUGUAAACGACUGCAGCUCACGGCUCACCGGCGUCUGGAAGUAACUAUUCGUAACUCAUGAUUCCCACCGCAGUCUUCGUCAGAAAUAAAAACCUAAGUGAAGCGAGUACGCGACACACCGGACACACGCCGUCAGUGGAGGUGGUAUUCGUUAGUACCUCCACAGUCCACCGGAUCCCAUUAUCCCAUCCGGCUGUCGUUGUUAUCUUCUAAUGAUAAAAUACAAAUGAUUUUGUAAGUUGUAACGACUGUAACCAACUUUGUUGUCACGAUUUGUUUACAUAAUUAUUAUUUACUAUUUACUUCGGUUGUGUUUCAAACCACUGCAAACAAUGCGUCUCGUCAUAAAGCGAUCAGAGCACAGGCGGCCAGAAGACAGCGACGCCAGUGCUGUUGGAACCGAUCAACAGGCGGUACACCUGUUGCCAUGCAAAAUCCACACCCGGAAACCAGGUAGCGACUGUCAGACCUUGACGGGUCCAGUUGAUCGAUACUUUUGUCCAUAUACCAAAGCGGCAACAGAUGAUGAAACUGCGUUGUGGCACUCUUCGUUGCGUGGCAAGCCUCUGACGGGUGUGAAGCUCAGCAUGCCCGAUGGCUAUGUUGGUGUAUUGUGUGUUGGCAAGGAUGACAACGGCAGCCGUAAUGUAGUUAAUGAUUCUACAGAAGCAGUUGAAUCAAUAGCUGGUGAAGUAACUAAGCAGCUGAUGUACUGGAAUUGGGACCGCAUUCCAACGCGUGAAGAUCCGCUGCUAUCAGCACUUGACUGGGUGCGGGUGUCUGAUGCCAUCAUGACCACCAAUGACUGACAUAACCAUUAAGUAUGUUUCUGUAAUAAUGCCUGUGUUUCUUUAUUCAAUUUAUUUUUCAUUUUAAAGAUAUAGUAAAAUGUUGAAGCACUAUUACUUAAUUAAUAUUUGAUAUUGUGAAUAAAGUUUAAUUUUUAUAACUAGCUAUAUAAUUACACAUUAUUAAAUAUUUAUUACUAGCUUCCUUCUAUUUAUACACAAACAUUUAAACAUGGUUACAAAUAUAAAAAAUUGUUUUUCAAUAUAACAUAAAAAUACUUUUAACAUGUAAAAAAUAUUUCUUGAGAACAAGUAUCUAUUUCAUAUAUUGUGUGAAAUAUUAUACACUUUAUUAUUAUAUUGAACAUACUAUUCAAUCAUAUAUUUGUAAUGUACUACUAUGGAUACUGCAUCAUUUAAAUUCAAAAUAAAAUAAAAAUUAUAAAAUGCA